AUGCUCGAAUCAAUCCUGCCCACGAUUGCCACGAACUGGCCUGUUGCGUUAGCCGUUCUUGUCGCCAGCUGGCUCCUUCGGAAUUACUUCUACCAUGGCCUCAACAAGUAUCCAGGGCCAAUCUUGGCCAGGUUCACAGACUGGUGGCGGUUCUUCGACGUAUGCAGCUACCGUCCUGAUAUCACCCACCUGAAGCUGCACCGACGACACGGGGAUAUUGUUCGACUCGGGCCCAACACGCUUUCGUUCUCCAGUCCCAAAGCCUUGAAGACCAUAUAUGGACUGAACAAGGGCUUUACGAAGUCCGGCUUCUACCCAGUGCAGCAAAGCGUCAGCAAAGGAAAGAGACUGCCGUCGUUGUUCUCCACCACCGACGAGUCGUAUCACGCCAAUCUUCGCCGCUCCGUCAACAAUGCCUUUUCAAUGAGUCAACUGGUCCAAUAUGAGCCUGCUGUCACCGACACGGUCGAGGUCUUUCUUGACCAGACAGACAGACUUUAUGCGAAGCCUGGUCAGGUCUGUGACUUUGCACAGUGGCUCCAAUACUUUGCUUUUGAUGUCAUUGGGCAAAUCACGUACAGCAAGCGACAUGGCUUCGUGGAGAGAAACGAAGACAUCGACGGUAUGGUUGGAUAUCUGGGAAAGUUGUUUUCGUACGUUGCGCCGAUUGGACAAAUGCCCUGGCUUGACCUGUUCUUCUUGAAGAACCCGCUGGUCCUGCUUCUCGAUAGACUGGGUGUGAAAUUGUUCGCGUUCCCGGUCGCCACGUUCGCGGCCCAACGCAUGUCUGAACGUCUUUCCGAGAUGGAGUCACAAGGUCGCGAGAAGGGCACGGAGAAGCCAGACCUUCUCUCCAUGUUCUUGAAGGCACAGACCGACCGGCCGGAAUUCAUGACAGACCAGCGUGUCCUGACCAUGGCGGUUUCGAUGGCAUUCGCCGGCUCUGAGACCACCGCCAUCAGCCUGGCUGCUGUUUUCUACCACCUGCUUCGAACCCCACGCUGCUACGAGAAACUGAUGCAAGAACUCAACGAAGCGGUGGACAAAGGACACAUCCAGAACCGCAGGACCGGCACGGUGACGUGGGCGGAGUCGCAGAACCUCCCAUACCUUGACGCAUGCAUCAAGGAGGCCUUCCGAAUGCAUCCUGCUGCAGGUCUGCUGCUUGAGAGAGUCACGCCACCACAAGGGAUCGAGAUCGACGGCCACUUCAUCCCCGGUGGGACGAUAGUCGGCUGUAAUGCCUGGGUCAUCCACAAACGUGAAGAGGUCUUUGGUCCCCAGGUGGACAGCUACAUGCCCGACCGCUGGCUGGAUACGAACAAGGAGCAACUGAAGGAGAUGAAUGGAACGCUGUUCCAAUUCGGUGCCGGAGCGCGCACGUGCAUUGGCAAGAACAUCAGUCUGUUGGAGAUGUAUAAGUUGAUUCCUGCCUUCUUGAGACGGUUCGAGGCGAGUAUUUUUCCUUUUCGCACAGAGACACGAAUCCGGGGCAUGGCUGACAAGCGAAUCGCUUGGUACAGAUUCGAUUCGAUGAUCCGAGCAAAGAUUGGAAGUUGCAUAAUGGUGAGUCCAGGCUUCUUCAGCGAUUCCCCAUCCAAAUACCUUGUACCUCGGAUCCAUGGAUAUAUCUGCUGA